AUGACCCUUCUCCAAUUCCUCCGCCAUGCCCGUCAAACACAUCUUGCAUUUCUCGCAGGCAGCCUACCCGAGGCCCCCAUUUACGUCCUAGGCAAUCCCUCCGCCGACCUCGACUCGAUAAUCUCCGCCAUAAUCUACUCCUACUGCGCAAACAACCGCCAACCAACUCUCACUUCAAGACCCCACAUCCCUCUAAUUAAUCUCCCAACCGUCCCCGCCAGCUCAGAGCUUUACCGAUUGCGACCCGAAUUCGUCACCGCACUAUGGCUGUCGACAAAUUUCCCCGCGCUAAGGGCCGAACGCUUCGACAACACGUCCGAAUCCGCGGGUAAGAUCCUGCACGAACACCUUGUGACGGUAGCGGAUUUUGCGCAGGCGUUGAAGGGGCGAUCGGGCGGAGAGAAAAUUUUCGCGGACGCGGUGAUGGUCGAUUGGAAUGCUAUGCCGAUUCGCGGUGAGCAGAAGGGCACCGGGUCCGUGGGCGGGUUGGAAGAGGUUUCUUUUCGCACGGUGGGGUGUAUUGAUCACCACGUUGAUGAGGACUUUGUUCCGGCGCGCGAUACUUUGCCGCAGGGCCAGCCUAUGAUCAUUCAGCCGGGUCCGGGGUCAUGCUCUUCUUUAAUUGCGGAUGAAUUGGAGUCGAGUGGGCUUUGGGCUGCGUGUUUGGAGGCGUCGUCUGCGGGGGAAAUGGCGCAAAUUGCGAAGCUUGCUUUGGCUGCGAUACUUAUUGAUACAUCGAAUCUCACUGCCAAGGGCAAGGUUACGGAUAUUGAUGUUCGAUCUGUGGAGUUCCUGCGGACGUUUGUGGAUUCUGCUCAUGGUGAGUGGGAGAUGGAGACGUUCUAUGAGCAGAUCCUGGACGCGAAGAAAAAUAGUCUCGACCUUUUGAAAUUCGAGGAGAUCCUGGACCGCGAUUAUAAGGAUUGGACUGAGACGACACGGUCGUCGAAGACGAGUAUCAAGCUGGGAUUUUGCUCUUCGGUAAAGCCGAUCCGCUGGCUCAUUCAGAAGGCUGGCGGCUGUCACGAAUUUCUGGAAAGAACGAAGAAAUUCGCCAAUGCAGACGACAAGCAGCUCGAUCUUGUGGUUGUGAUGUCCUCUUUUACAUCCGCUGGUGACAAAUUUUCCCGUGAACUCUUCAUGGGCGCUGCCGGACAGGAGAGCGUCGCUAUCGAUGGUAUCAAUGCUUUCAUUAAGCAGGACUCUUCGGAACUAGGCCUUGAAAAUUGGACAUCGGUCGAUAAGGAAGAAAUUCAUCUCGAUGAUUCGGAGAUUCGAUCCUACUUGGACGGAGAGGCUGGUCUCUGGAGCCGGCUCUGGCUACAGACGAAUUCCACUGCCAGCAGGAAGCAGGUCGCCCCUAUGCUUCGUUCGGCGGUGGCAAAGCUUUGA